AUGAAUCACUUGAGUCAAAAGGAUGGCUUCCAAAAUCCUAUAAAGAAUUGUAGAAAUCUCGAAGCAUUCGUCAUGAUGAACUGUAAAGCCUCGGAUAACAAAAGAGUGGUUGUCAUCCCAGCAGCAAGUCUUUUUUUAUUCAGAGCAGUAUGUGAAGUCAUGCUUUCAUUUGUGAGCGGAAAAGUUUCACCUUCACUUAAUCAACCAUCAGAAUGUAUGAAGGUUUCUUUCUUUCAUGGAAAUGGAAUUUUAACCUAA